AUGCGUUCAUUCAUUUCAAUCGCCGCCGUGGCGGUGGUCACCUUUCCUUUCGUCAACGCAGUGCCCAAUCCCCAGAAGCUGGAAGCCAGCUACUAUAGCCCAGAGCAGGUCGUCGAAACCGAUGUCGUAAUCAUCGGAGCAGGUGGCGCCGGAUGUUACUCUGCCAUCCAACUCAAGGACGCCGGAAAGAGGGUUGUGGUCAUUGAAUCCAAAGACCGCGCCGGAGGGCACACAGAGACUUUCAUCGAUCCUGAGACCAACCGUCCCAUCGAUUUCGGUGUGAAGCUGUACCAUGACGAGCCUCUGGUGCAUCAGUGGUUCGCCCGCUUCGGCCUCAGCACCGCCCCGACCAGCCUUUCUCGUGCCGACGCCCAGAACAUUGACUUCAGAACGGGCCGCGUCCUACAGGGUCUACCAGCUGCCAACCAAGCAGCCAUCGGCGCUGCUAUUCAACGGUACGCCGCUGUCAUCUCACAGUGGCCUCAACUGGAUGCCGGCUUCUACCUCCCCGACCCUAUUCCAGAAGACCUGUUGCUCCCUUUUGGCCAGUUUGCUCAAAAGUACAACAUUUCUGAUGCUGUGCAAACUAUCUUCCUUCUUACCUCUGCGUUUGGUGAUCUCGCUGAGAUCCCCACCGUUCAGGUGAUCCGUACCUUCUCCCUGAGCCUUGUCAAGACUAUGCAGAACUUCCAGACCAGCUCGGUCAUGGACAACAGUCUCCUAUUCCAGAGACUCACCGACGAACUCCUGGCUGAUAAUUCUCUCCUCCUGUCCUCUACGGUAAUCAAGACAGCCCGCGUCAGCAAGACCGACGGCCGCGUCAGAGUUCUCGUCCAGACUCCCCAAGGCCUCCGUCUCGUCAUAGCCAAGAAGAUUCUCAUCACCGCUCCUCCCACUCCCGACAUCCUCGCCCCCCUCGACACCAGCGGCGACGAACUCAAACUCUUCACCCAGUUCACCUCGGUCAACUACUUCACCACCAUCGUCAAAAAUGCCUUCCCAGGCAGAUCCGUCGUAAACCUCGCCCUCGACCGCCCCUUCGCCAUCCCUCAAAUGCCCGCAAUCCUAAACAUCGAGCCUACCGCAAACCCAACCUACAACCAAAUCUUCUACGGCACAAAGUUCGGGCAGUCCAUCACCCUCGAUCAGGCCAAAGCUGCUAUCCUUGCGGAUAUCAACCGCUACCGCACUGCCAACGGGAUUACGGGACCUGAUCCUGAGAUUAUCGUUGCGUCGGCACAUAACCCCUUUAACCUCAUGGUUGGACCUGAAGCUACUCGCAACGGCUUCUACAAGAAGUUGUACGGUCUCCAGGGCAAGCGCAACACCUUUUGGGCCAGUGCUACGUUCAGGGCUCACGAUAGCUCUGCUCUCUGGGCGUAUAUCAGCCGGAGCGUCUUACCUAGUCUUCUUACUAGUUUGUAA